AUGUUAUCGCUAAACACCUCAUGUACAUGUUUUGGCGUUUCCACAGCAACAAGAGCAUUCCAAUUUCAGUUUCGAACUUCACCUUCACUAUUUUCCCUCUCUUCCAAUAACAAUUACAAAUUUCGUUCUGUCAUCGCGAGAGCCGUUUCUGGUUUCUCCGAUGAAUCCAACCCUAACGGAGAACCAAAAUCGAAUUACGCCGGCGUGCGGUUGGAAGAGAUCGUCGACGGUGGAAUCGAAUCUGGAAAACUGAGACUCGACAGCUGGAUCUCUUCUCGCAUCAAUGGAAUCAGUAGGGCUCGCGUUCAAUCGAGUAUUAAAGCUGGACUUGUUCAUGUCAAUGGUAAUGUUGUUGAUAAGGUAAACUCAAUAUCCAUUCAAUCUGUUACAUAA